AUGUAUGCUUAUGCUCGUCUGACUGUGAGUCCCAGCAGCUCUCAGUUCUUUAAGGAUGACUUUGUGUCUCUGAGCUGUGAGGAGGGCGACAGCUCUGCUGGAUGGACUCUGAGGAGAAACACGACAACAGACACCAAAGCAAAGUGUGGAGCUGGAUUUGGAAAACCAGCUGGUUCUUCCUGUAACAUCAGUUACAUUGACACACUGGACAGUGGAGUUUACUGGUGUGAGUCCAAUCAGAGUACCAUCAGUAACAUGGUUAACCUGACAGUCACUGGUGGAUCAGUGAUCCUGCAGAGUCCUGUCCUCCCUGUGAUGGAGGGAGAUGACGUCACUCUGCUCUGUAAAACAAAGACCACUCCCUCCAACCUCCCAGCUGCUUUCUAUAAAGAUGGCUCCCUCAUCAGGAAGCAGCCUACAGGUCACAUGACCAUCCAGCAUGUUUCCAGGUCUGAUGAAGGCCUCUACAAGUGUGACAUCAGCGGUCAUGGAGAGUCUCCAUCCAGCUGGAUCACUGUCACAGACAAACCUACAACCACACCUCCACCCACCACUACAACUAUUCCCACCGCUCCAGAUCUGACCGCUGACUCCUCUCUACAGCUUGCAUUCAGAAUAGUCCUCCACCUGGUGGUUUUCUCUCCAUAUAUCAUCUCCACUCUCAUCAUGAUGUCUUUAUAUCAAUGCAGAGCCAGAGGAAAUGGCAUCAGUGAUUCAACCAAGCCCACUCUUCCUGACCAGGGAUUGGAUAAUGAGCAUGAUGAUGUAAUCACUGAUGUCACCACAGAGUAUCACUUCUGAGUCAGAGCUCUGUUGUGUCUCUGUGAGUCUCACUAACUUUGUCCUUUCCAUCUCUGAUGUUGAGAUUAUUUGGAUAAAUGGACUCUGAUGUUCAUCUCUGGAUAUUUUUAUGUAGAUAAACAGUAAAUAUUCCUGCUCACAGGAGGAGAUCAUCAUGUGCUGUGUGUGUGCAUCACUGCAGCUCUGUCACUGAAAGACGUUUUCAGCUUAUUUUUACAUGAAAGGUCAAAUAUCAGGUCAAAUAUCAGAGAAAAAGACAACGUUGUGCUACUUCCUGUUUUAUUUUGGUAUUUCAUGUUUCCACAUCCUACCUGAUCACCUCACUGGAGUAGCUGGUGUCCUGAUGGUUCUGACCGGAAUUAAAUCUACCCGUCACACACAGAUGCUGUCAUAGCGUUUUGGUGCCUGACUGUAAACACAUGAUCACAUGACUCAGACUGGACUAAUGCAGUUUUUGUCUUUUCACCUCUUCCUGGAUCAACACAAACUGUGAAUUUUUCAGUGAGCCUUGAAAUUGACUCUUUCUUGUUGGUGCUUUUUUGUUAUUAAAGCCACAUCCUGUGCUACAUUUCAAACUGCUCCAGUUGUCCGUGUCACUCUUUAGUAUCUGUACCUACAGCUCAUGUGGUUUGUGCUGUGAUGGCCCCCUGCCCUCUUUGUCCCAACUCUUUUUGUCAUAGCCUCAUAUGAAAUGAGAGGUCCUGGGUCUGAAUCCCAGGUGAGCCCCCACAUUGUCACAGCCUGGUUCAUAAGACCCACAGACAGUAUGAAAGAUCGACUGAUUUUGGAUCAUUUAGUUUGUAGCUUCAAUUAUUUCACAACAGUGUUUCUUGUUGUUGUUGUUGUUGUUGUCAUAAGUGACCAAAUGAUUGCAACAGGGUGGAGCACGCAUUAGCUGUAACAUGCUACAUCCAUAGAAAUAUGAGUGAAAGUACAAAUCAAAUCGAAGCAGGACUGAAAUCCUAAUUUUUACUGUUCAUGACUGUCAGACAUUUCUAAGUAGGUCAGGGUCAAUGUUUCAGGACCACCAUAUGUAAAUCACAUUUGAUUUGAUAACAAAUAAUUUGUAAUCAAAUCACUGAUUAAUGAACAUUUUAUUUCAGAUAUUUAGAGACCCAUUUAACACUGUUUCUUUUAAACAUUAUGUGGAGAUAAAUACUGACUCUGCCUGUGUUUUCACUGCAGUUACAUCAACACAGCUCAGCUUGUGUGAUGUGGUUUCUGUGCAACACAUUCAGCUGGAUUUCAGUGAGAUUAGAGUUCUGACAACAUGGAGAGUAAACACAAAAACUCUGUUAGUGUGAGAGCAGAAGUGAUCUGAUAGCAGCUCAGCUCAGCUUCUCUGCGUCUCAGAACAGAGGACGCCAUCAUCUAUCUGCUCAAUCGUGUCUACACCCACCUGGACCAGCCGGCGAGCACUGUGAGGGUCAUGUUUUUUUUGACUUCCAGUGCUUUCAACA